CAGAAGCAACAUCAACCCUAUGCGAAAUCAUUUCAUGUCUUCAUCCCAAUUCCGUUGUCGUACGCCGAGCGUACCGGUAUCAUGUUCCUGGAGCUAGCCUCUUUGGGCGAUACAUUGUGUGUUUUGUAGGUAAGCGGUAAGCAGAGCGGCGUGUGGUCCCUUGCAUCUUGCAUCCAUCUCUCCCACACCCAUCCGGAUUCGACCCAACAAUCUCACAUAUGCAAGAUUUUAACAUUACAUGGUAGUAGAAGGUGAAAACCCAAUCAAAUCUUGUCUUCUUUCGUCAACUCCAGCCGCACGAUGGCCAAAUCCCCACACCCAACACCCUCCGCGCCCAUAUCAUCACCAACAGCCCACGAACCACCACAACCAUCAGACGGGCGCGCUCACUCCUCAUUCACAAAUUGGGAUCAUGACCAGGACCCCACGAACCCCUUCGCGCUCGUCCCCGCCGCGUCCUACAACACCCUCGUCCAGCUCCAGCCGCUUACCUCCCGCCUGCUGCGCGGCCGACGGCGGCUGCGCCGGCUCCUCCUCCCGGCGCAGCCCGGCCCAGACGCGCUACACGCUCUCCUCACAGGACCCGUGGAGCCAAGUGAUGGAAGCCCCCGCUUCGCGCGCGCCUUCGCCGCCGUCGUGUUUGCCGUCCUCGCCAACCAUGUGCGGCGUAUGGCCCUCCCCGCCCUCGGGGUCAGCGGCUUCGGCGCGCCCAUCGCUACCCUCAAACUCGCAGCGGGCAGCCCGGCCAUUUUUCUCAAGGAGGAGAUGGAGAUCGGCAUUCUCGGUAGAAACGCGGGGUGGGAGGGCGCGUCGAAGGUCGUCGGGGACAUCGUGGGCGGGUUCGCCGUGCGGGGCGCUGUGGCCGGCAGCCCCCGUCGGUGGGGCAGCGAAGCGGACAAGGCCAUGGUCGUGAUGGCGGUUGUCUACUGCGUCUGGGUUCUCGGGUGUGCGGAGUACGUCCACGCGAGGGCUGUCCACACGACAGGCGCUGAGGGAGAUCCUCCUCCCCUCAACCUGGUCCGGCAUCCUGAAGGUCCUCGGACCCCACCUGGAGCUGGCCUAUUACGUCAUAUACGGACUCUUGCCACUCCUUUGCCUCGCGGCCCGGUCCGCCUCCAGGCCGGAGCCAGGGCGAGGUAGGCCGGGGCUGGCUCUUCUGAUUACCGGCUGGGCCUGGGGCACGGGAUAUGUGACGCGGUACUCGAACAAGUACUACAUCGGUCUGGAGAUGAGCGGGCUUCUGCUGGUUGUGUGGUGGAUCUUGGCGGCGGCGGCGGUCUUUGCAUGGCGCGCUCUGCGGACUCGGUUCAAGGCAUGAGGCCAUCGCUUCGCGUGUCGGGAAUAAAUACGGCCACUCCCACCUAAUCCUUCCAAGGGUUUUUGCGCGAGCAAUAAGGAAUGGGCGACCUAGGCACCAAAUAACGAGUGAUCAGAGAAGCUGAUAGUGUCCCCCCCUGUCCACUCAAGAGUACUGUGCACAAUAACUGUAAUAAACCUCAGCAGACAGUGGAUUUAGUGAUAACACAACUAUCUUAAUUAAAAAA